AUGGUCCAAUUACAAGACAUCAAAGAAGAGGAACCGGAGACGGUAGCUACACAACAAGUCAUCCCAACGACGACCGAGACCACAUCGAAAAAUCAGUGGGAAACUACUAACGUGCUCGUACAAAGUGACUACGUUGAAAAUGCCGAUCUGGAACGUAUCGCUCUAGACGAAACCGUUUCUCACGGUCUCUAUCAACAUCAUGGCGAUGAGCUUGAUAUGGGACUAGAUCUGGAUCUCGAUCUCGACGAGCGUCCCAAAACUCCAACUGCAACGACGGCAACGACAUCAACUGCAGCAGUGUCUGCAGCAGCAGUAGCAAAUCGUCAGGACUCACUCCUGGCCGCCCCGCUGCCUGUUUCCCCACAAGCGGUUGCACCAGCGUCGCCUCCAACAGUGCCGUUCUCGGCGUCCCAGGAGUGUCUCUUGCCUCCUCUGCCGGAAGAUAACACAGAUCUUGCAUCGCCCUUGGCGCAACGCUCGCAGCUAUCGCUUGAGUCGGCCCUUGGUGGUGUGCCCUCGUCAUCCUCCCGCAGCACCAGCGUACCGAGCGUUGGCAGUCCCGCAGCAUCACAGUCACGAGCGCCAUCCGUUGUACGCCGCGCUCUCUCCGGUUCUCCUCUGGCGGCAACGACCACUGCCUCGGCAUCGGCCGCAGCAAUCACAACCACACCCACAAACCUUCCCGACGAGCUUCCACAUAGUUUCACUACGCAUUCCGCAGCAACCACAACGGAGCCUUUUGACCUCGCAACGGCUUUCGAAAUGCGUGACGACGCUGAGCCUAACUCAUCGUUUGACCUUUCAAAGGCCCUGCAAAUUUCGUCGGUUGCAGUUCCUACUCUACUGAACACUGGGAGCGAUAAUUCCGUGACAACCUCGGGAAACAUCAAUAGCAUCACCAACAACAACACCAGCUCAGCGACUUCCAAUACAGCGCCGAAUUCGCCGCAUCCAACGCCUCCGAAGCUCUCGUUCAAGAAGAAAUUCGCUGCGGCCGGAACUGGAAAUACCGGCCUUGUAGACAACGCAGCCGGCUCGAAAUCGGUUACAGAUUUUCCGCUACAGCAUCUCCAGCGCUAUGGUUCUGUCAGGUCUCGCACAGCGAUGUCCGACGUGCCACGAAUUAACUCUUCGGGCAAUGACCUCCAUCAUCAGGGUCUGGGCAUCGAAAGUGUUGAUCUCGUACCAUCCACCACGACUCAUAAGGCAACAAUGCGCAAGUUUAGUGUCGGUAGUAGCAGCAGUUCAUCGCGUUCGUUCCAGGAAAAUGAUGAAAUCGACUUUUUCAGACCGCCACCAACAUUCAACACCGAUAUUCACUCGUCGACGAGUUUACAUGACUUAAAGUCCCCACGGUCAUCGCUCAACCUCUCAGAAUCUUUCAACGUCAAACACAAGAAAUUGCCGCUUAUAAAACGAGCCUCCAGUGCCAUAUGGCGGAAAGCAUCACUGAACAAGACGUCACCAGCGUCGUCACCUAAAAUCCCGGAUUCGCCCAUUUUUCCAAAUUACAAAGAAUUGCAAAACACUUCAUCGUUUGCUACAAUUCCAAACAGUGUCGACAAUAUUGACCGCGGCUCGAUUCCAAACGUUGAUGAUGAGCGACCUGUUAAUCGUAAGGUGAAUUUCAGCAACUCUUUGAUCAAACUGAAAAAUAGCGGGGGUGGAUCUCGUUGCGUCAGCAGUCCGGAGCGAUUACAUCGAAUGGUUUCACCCGCGACCCCUCUCGACGGGCCGAAUUCUUCUGUGAGUUCUGAUACUCAGUCACUCGGUACUAAAUUCAAAAACGGGUUGACGAGGAUUAUAAGUGGGAAUGCAAUAGACCAAACGUCAAGGAACUCGGCAUCAAACACCGAAAGGGCCCAUGCACUCACAGCACUUUCUGCUAGUUGGAAUGAUAAAUCAGAAACUCAAAACAAUGUCGGCUUGAAUACCUCUGAAAUCUGUUCGAACGGUUCAAAUUAUACGAAAAAUAUGAACGGUGGAAUUCAACCUUCGAAGCAGACAUCUAUGAAAACAAAACAUAUCGCAUCGAACCAUUCUUCAUCGAAUGGCUCAGGGAAGAAGAACCACGGAACCAAAAAUAACGCUACUUCCAGCAUGAACAGUACUAUCACGGCCAAGAAUGAUAGUGUUUUCAGCGGUAACAGCGACGAAUCGCUGGAGCAAACCUCGGACGCAGAAGAAUUGACAGUCGACAUAACCGAGCUGACGAAGACCCUUCCGAUAAUUACCGUCACCGAGAAGUUGGGCGCAAAGAGUAUCACUCCGAUUCAAACACAAUCCAAUUUGAUACUGGACCUGAUCUACAAAGACGGUGGUGGGGCCAAGUCCUUGGCUAAUAACAAUCGCAAGGGUGCAGAGCCUCCGCUUCGGAUCAGUCUCAAAGAAUACAUCGAUGUUUUGACCAAGCAGCAACGGGUCGAAGACGAGCGGUUUGCGGUUUUGGAGUACAAGUUCGCACACAAUGGGUGGUGCUCGCCGGAUGAUCUGUACAAUCUUCAACAAAAACGCAUUAUUAUCAAUAGAAAAUGGGCGGAGCGCAUUUCUUUCUACCAGGGGCGGUUGGAAGCCUGA